GUCAAUCGCUUUAUCGAGUUGCUGGUUGGCAUCGGAGUUUAUAAAAUGGAGACUGGUUGCACCCCCAAUUUCCAUUGCCACCUGCUCCUUUCCUUUUCCAUAUUGCGUCGAGGAAGAAGAAGAAUGAAACUAAGCAAAGGGCUCCAAAAGAGCGGCCCAUCUCCGCCGAGAGCGAUCAGCGUCGCCGCUCUUCUGGUGGCGGCAGUCCUCGCCUUCUGCUGCCUGCGUCGCUUGGAGUUCUCGUCGAUAUCCUACCAUCCGUCGCGACCAUCGCCAGAAGUCGGAAUUUGGAAACUCAGAAACGCACAGAGCCAAACGGGCAUCCUAUGUGACGUCACUCAUUACCGCUACAACAUCUGCUUCGUCAAUGGCCUCACCUUGCUGGACCCCACCUCCCUCACCUUCUUCCUCCUUCCGCCUCACCAUCAUUCCGCCACCACCUCCGGCGACGGCGCAGACAGCACUGGCGGCAACAGUUCUGCUCCCUUCACGCAGAAGCUGCGCACCUACCCUCGAAAAUGGGAGCAUCAAAUCAUGGCCAAAAUCACGGAGCUCACAGUAACCACCGGUACCCCCAGAAACGUCACCUGCGACGUCGUCCACGACGAAGCCGCUUUGGUUUUCAGCUCCGGCGGCUACACCGGCAACCUCUACCACGAGUUCAACGACGGGAUGAUCCCCCUGUUCGUCACCUCCCGCCUCCUCGCCGGCCGCAGCGCCGUGCUCGUCAUCUCCGAGUUCCGCCGCUGGUGGGGCCGCAAGUAUGCGGCCGUCCUCCGCCACCACUCUCGCCACCCGCCCAUAAAACUCGACGACCUGACGUCGACGCAUUGCUUCCGCGGCGGCGCCGUCGUGGGGAUCGUCUCCCACGGCGACAUGACCAUCAAUCCCGCUCUCAUGCCCAACGGCGAGACCAUGCUUAGCUUCCGGGCUUUCCUCGACGAGUCGUACCGUGCGGGGGAGAACCGAGUCUCCGAGCUCGGAUCCGAAUCCGUCCGUCCCGUACUGGUUAUGGUGGUUCGGAACGGGAGCCGGAGCGUCACGAACCCGGCCGAGGUCACAGCCCUCGCAGAGCGUAUCGGGUUCCUUGUGAAGAUAUUCCAGCCGACUCGGAACACAGACCUGAAUGAGGCGUACCGGGUCAUCAACGCUAGUCACGCGAUGAUGGGCGUCCAUGGAGCGGGUCUUACCCACUUUAUGUUCCUGAGACCCGGAUCUGUCCUGGUCCAAGUAAUUCCGAUAGGGACGGAUUGGGUCGCUGAGACGUGCUUCGGCCGGCCGGCUCGGGAAAUGGGGUUGAAGUACGUACCGUAUCAGAUCAAAGCCUAGGAGAGCAGCUUGGUAGAGCGGUACAACAGGAACGAUCCGGUUCUCAAGGACCCCGACUCGGUGGUGAGGCAGGGUUGGAUGAACACCAAGAACGUUUAUCUGAAGAACCAGACCGUGACGCUUGACACGGGGAGGCUGAGUCGGUACUUGAAGUUGGCUUAUCGGAAGGCGAGACGGUUCAUGGCAAAAUCGGAUCGGAGAGGAGGGUCGUAGGUUGAAACUUAGAAUUAAGUUAGAAAAAAGCUAUUGAUUAAAAUAUUCAAGUCAUGACUAGUUUAACCGAUGAUUGCGAAAUCUUUUAUA